CUUGGCUAAUAAAAUGACUGACUCGGAGAAAACUGCUGUAAUCAGACCCUCACUGAGUGAGGCCCAGGUGGUGGAGUUGGUCGGACGGUUGUACGGCCUGAAGGUUUCAAAAGUCAAACCACUGCCCAGCUACAUGGACCAGAACUUCCACAUCCUGGUGUGCGAGACCCAGGAAGGUGGAGAUCACGGGGAGAGCUACGUCCUCAAGGUUCUGAACACUGCCGAGAGCCAAGACGCUGAUUUGGUGGAAGCACAAACGCGAGUCAUGAUGUUCCUAAACCAGAAAGGUUUUCCUACAGCCACACCAAUCACAACCAUUGAUGGCAAGAUUCUGUCCCUGGAGACAAUCAGUUGUGGUGAAAAAUAUAAGAACCACAUGGUCCGCUUGUUGACCUACCUGCCAGGAACUCAACUACUGGGGAUCCCUGCAGACCCACAGAUCUUUUACAAAAUUGGCCGAACACUUGCUCAGAUUAACAAAGCUCUGACGGUUACAAAUUGUUGGAGUCGCUCAGCAGAUCAGGCAGUGUCUUUAGAGAAGAUGGAAAGGUGA